AUUAGUGAGCUGCAUACAGUUUGGAGAUUGGUCAUGGGGUCAUAAGAAAAAUAAAAGUCUACUCCACAGGAACAUCAUCAUUAUAUACACAGAAUAAAGCUAAAGAGGCAUGGAGGAUGAAACACAGGAAGAAAUUCUUGACCAGUUUAAAGAAAAGCGGCUCGGGGGGUGGGGUCUGUUACAGCUGACGGCGGGCACAGGACUGGCGGUCUAUGCCAUGUGGGCAGGGAUUUUAAUGCCUGGCUUUCGCAGAGUGCCGCUGAAACUACAGGUGCCUUAUAUUCCAGCCAGUAAGCGUCAAGUGUGUAACGUUAUGUCCAUGCUGAAGGGCCGCUCUGGAAGUCUUGCUGACCUGGGCUCGGGAGAUGGUAGGGUUGUCUUAGAAGCAAGCAGACUGGGUUUCUCUCCUGCUGUAGGCUAUGAGUUAAACCCGUGGCUCCUCUGGCUCUCAAGAUUUCAUGCUUGGAGAGCCGGCUAUUAUGGGAAAGUCUCUUACCAAAGGGAAGACCUAUGGAAGGUUAAUCUUUCGAGCUAUGAGAAUGUCACAGUGUUCUUGGCUCCGAGUGUGCUCACACUUCUGCAAAAGAAGUUACUAACCGAACUCCCUGAAGAUGCCAUGAUUGUCGCUGGACGCUUUCCCUUUCCUGAUUGGACACCGUGCAGGAUAGAAGGGGACGGUGUGGACAGAGUAUGGGCCUACCACAUAGAAGCUCUCAGAAAACACCAUUUGUCAUCAAAGGACAGCAAGUCAACAGAGGAAACCAGCUGAUCCAGGAGUCAUGUGAAUUAUUUUAGAAACAAACAAUAGGGACAUUCCAGCCCUGCUCUUUUAGUAAUUUUAUGGUUGUUUUACUAGACAGUUUUAUUUCUGGAAAAGGGAUGUUUUUAGACUGAUAUAACUUUCACUUUCACUGCUGCAUACUGUUCACACAUGCGUGACUGUAGUGACUAUUUUUGGAGAGAUCAGUGUGAUGCAGUACACCAAACACACUUAUGACCAUGUGACUUGGUGGUUGGGGGGAUUUAAAGCCACACCCAGCGGCCAGGUUAAUGUGUACUCCUGAAAUAUGCAAAAGUGUCUACUUCCUUUUUAGCAGCAACACAAGCUAAAAUGUCACUUCCUGUCAGUGUCUACAUUGUGCCAAAAAGUGGGCGGCAUUAGUAUUAUGGUGUUCAUGGGCCACUGUUUGGUUGGUGUACAGGAGGAUUAACAAAUUGUGGAUAGCAAGAGAUAUUAAGGAGAGGCCAUAGUCAGUGUGGACCUAUUUAAAAUCUGCCAGAUAAAAUAACCAGUAAACGUAUGUAUAGGCUAAAGUUGCCACUUAGAAUCAUAUACAUAUGUAAUUUCUAGUUUUCAUUUAACAGUAAAUGUAUACAGAAAUAAAUAUGGGGACACAGUAUAUGUCUAUCUCAAACAGAUUUCCUGAUAUACCUUGUUUACUGGAAGUGUUCCUUUUAUGUCAUGCGAAGAAACCCCAAUUCUGCAUUUUUCAAAAUCAGUCUUUGUGUCUCAGUGUGUGUGAGGUCUUUUUGAAGCACAACUGUUACUUCCUGCUGCUCCAUGUGACCUAAUUAAUUUUACAAUUGCCUAAAAAAAAACACAAAAUAAAAUAUAAUCAAGUA